UCAGAAAAUUAGCAAUUUUGUUCUUGUGUUUUCUUCUUAUUUUUCACUCGAGUAAUACAUUUUAUAUUGUUGUGGAAUAUUUUUAAUAGCGAUUUCUUGUAAGAUCAUAUACAUAUAUUUAAUAUAAAUAACGAUAUUUUUCCGACGGAUAAAGAUACAUACAGAUAUUUUGAUAAAUAAUUGGUUUUCACAUAUGAACUCAUGACCUAAGUUAUUGCUACCACUGUGUGUGAGGGAGUGUUUUUGUUACUUAAAAAAGAAAAAGUUUUGAAAACACUUGGAAAAGGUCGAAAAGAAAAUAAGAAAUGAACCGCACAGCUAUUACUGUUGCAUCCGGUGUUACCAGCGGUUCCAGCAACACCUUAGAUGCACCAUACAUACGAACAAUCGAAUGGGACAUGAUGGACAAAACAAAAUUCUUUCCAUUGUCGAUGUUAAGUUCGUUUUCAGUACGUUGUUGUCUGUUUCCCUUAACAGUGAUAAAAACCCAACUGCAAGUCCAGCACAGAAGUGAUGUAUACAAAGGAAUGUUUGACUGUGCCUACAAGAUUUAUCGCUCCGAAGGAAUUCCAGGUUUAUAUAGAGGGUUUUGGAUAUCGUCGGUGCAAAUAGUGUCUGGAGUAUUUUAUAUAAGCACAUAUGAAGGAGUACGCCAUCUACUAACCGAUAUGGGUGCUGGUCACCAAGUAAAAGCUCUUAUAGGUGGAGGCUGUGCUUCGCUAGUUGGUCAGACAAUUAUAGUUCCUUUCGAUGUUAUAUCACAACAUGCAAUGGUACUAGGGAUGGCUCAUCAUGCUGGCGCCAAAGGUGAUAUAAAUCCUCUCGGAAUUCAAACAGGACCAGGCAGAAGCCGUCUAAACAUUUCGCUUGACAUAGCAAAGGAGAUUUUGCGAAGAGAUGGCUUUCGAGGUUUUUAUCGCGGCUACACCGCCAGUCUUAUGGCCUAUGUUCCAAAUUCUGCAAUGUGGUGGGCAUUUUAUCAUCUAUACCAAGAUGAACUUUGUCGAGUUUGUCCACCAUGGUUUUCUCAUUUGCUUAUACAAUGCAUUGCUGGAAGUUUGGGAGGAUUUACAACUACGAUACUUACCAAUCCUUUGGACAUUGUUAGAGCCAGACUACAGGUCCAUCGACUUGAGAGUAUGAAAAUAGCUUUUCAACAACUGUGGCGGGAGGAGAAACUUAACUGUUUCUUUAAAGGAUUAUCGGCGCGUUUGGUACAAUCGGCUGCCUUCUCAUUUAGUAUAAUUUUAGGUUAUGAAACUAUUAAGCGUAUAGCAGUGGAUGAACAAUAUAAACAUCAAAUACGCUGGUAAUUAAACAUCAAUAAUAAAGAGCCCACCGUACGUCAGAGGCGGGAAUGCACAAAUUCAAUUGAAUUGAAAGUCCUGAAAUACAAAUGCAUUUACAUAAAAUUUAUUCAAACAAAAAUGCUUCAAACACUGAACGCCACAAAAGAGUAAUUAAUUUAAUAAACACUCAUUUCAAUAGUUAAAAUACAUUAAACAUGUAAGAGUUAUCGAUGCAUAUGUAAGUAUGUAUAAAUAUAUGCGUAUGUAUAUCAAGGAAAUGCGUAGCAAGAUUUCACCAAAGAUAUCUUAUUUAUGACCGAAUAGAGUCCGUUGUUGUUUUUUGUGAAAUUAUUUAUAUAACUUACUAUAGAUUUAAGAGUAUGUACACACAAUUAAACUCCUCAUGGAUUUGUAAAUAAGUGUUGUCGGUUACUAAACACCUUCACUCACCAAUUGCGGUAAAGAUAAUAUACAAUAUAUAAAUUCAUUUCGUUUUUUUUUUUUUAUUUUGUACAAACAAAUCUUUAGUUUUGUUUUUUAGCAAAUUAUAUAGUUAAUAGAUUUCAAUAUAAUAUAAAUAUUUAUUUAAAAUGAAAAUAAACACAGUUUGUAGUGUGUUUAUUUAUUACUACUAUUAUUUGUUAUAAUUGUUAAGUUUUAAACUAUUCUUUCUCUUUUUUUUUACCAAAUAGAGAUGCUUUCAUUGUUUUUCCUACUCUAUUACAUUCUUUAUUUACACUAAUUUAAACGCACUAGAACUAAAAAUACAAUUGUGUUAGGCAGUUGCAACAAAAGAUCAUUUUGUAAAUGUUUGUUACAUGUAUUUUUAAUCUUAAGCCAUUGUACAAUUAAAAGUUACAAAUAAACAUGUAUGUAAGUUUAGAAAAAUGUAAAAGAUUUUAAAGAAAAUAAUAAACAUUUUGAAAUCAAGAAGUACAAAUAAA